GAUCAGAGUGACUCAGAUGGGAGGGAGGAAGCAAAUGCCUUUAAAAAAAGACAUACGGAGUCUCAAGCAAACACUGCCCAGGGAGACAGGCUUGGGAACACAUGAGCACAUGCCAGCCUGCCCCAUCCACCGGGAGCUCUGUGAUUCGCCACAGGGAAAGGUCUGUGGUAGGAGAGAGAAGCUGAAAAAUGAGGAUUAUCCUGGUUUGGAUGUUUUUCCCAGGUGCCUGGAUGGUAUCGGCUCCCUCGCAGGUGACAGCCCAUCGGGGCAGCUCGCUGUCGGUGUCCUGCAGCUACCAGCUGGGCUACAAGCUCCACUCCAAGUUGUGGUGCAAGCCGUACUUUUUCAAGAUCUUCUGCACCUACAUGGCCCAAACCAAUGGCUCAGAGGCGGUGGUGACACAGGGCAGAGUGUCCAUCAGGGACAACCACUCAGCACUCACAUUCACGGUGACGAUGAGAGAUGUGACACCGGAGGACGCGGGCUAUUACUACUGCGGGACAGGGAAAUACCGGUGGCAGAGGCAGUGGCACAGAAUCAAGGUGCUCGUGUCUGAGGCCACAGCUGAGGCCGGUGAUGUGCACCCAUCGGCAAAGACAGUCCCGUCCCCCACUGGCUGUGAGGAGCCUUCAGCACUGUCCCAGCUCGACAUCACCCUCCUGCUGCUGCUCAUCGGUGCGAAGGUGCCUGUGAUCCUGGCCCUGCUGUGUGGAGCCGUGUGGCUGAGGAAGUGGCACAGGGGCUGCAGCCCGUGGGAAAACCUGCAGCAAUCUGAGAAGUCCAGCAGCACCGCAGCACCGGGCAGCCCGACCCCCCAGCAGCCCGACCCCCCGGCAGCCCCACAGCAUCCUUCUGUUCCCCUUCCCCACGCCCUGCCAGGUCUGAGCCACUGGAGCUGCUCAGCAUCAGGCAGCUCUGUUCCUGCAAAGCCUCAGCCCCUCCUGGUGCCCCCCAAGUUGCUCGAGGGAAGGGCUGCUGUGCAGAGAUAGUUUGUGCUGAGCUGGAAGUGCCAACAAAAAGCAAUUUUGAAACAAAGUCUGGGUAUCCUGCA